AGAUGACGCCGCAGGACUCGAAGCCGACGACGGUGGACGUCGCGCAAGCGCUGCACGUUCCCAUCGCCGGGCCCGGCGCCGAGGCGCUUUCCACCCUCACCGACGCGCAACGUUCCUUCAUCCGCUCCUUACCCAAAGCCGAGCUGCACGCGCACCUGAAUGGCUCGAUACCGCUCCACGUCCUCCAGGAACUCGCGCGAGAGCGCCAGGAUCUCUCGAUCGCCUCCGGGUCCGCAGACGACCCGCAAGCACGGCUCGUGCGCGACGGACUCGCGCGGCUGCAAGACGGCGUGCAGCUGACGGAAAUCCACGACUUCUUCGGUCUUUUCCCGGCGAUAUACGCGCUCACGUCCGACCCCCGCUCGCUCGCUCGCGCGACGCGCGCCGUCCUGCACGCGUUCCUGGAGCCGUCUCCACGCGAUCCCGACUCGAGACCGCAAUGCACCUACCUCGAGUUACGCUCGACGCCGCGGGCCACGCCGCAGAUGACACGAGAGGAGUACGUGAAGACGGUGCUGGACGAGGUGGAGCGGUACGGGGAGGAGACGGCGGCGUUGCUCGUGAGCUUGGAUCGAAGGAUGGACGAGGGGGUGGUGAAGGAGGUGAUCGAUCUCGCGGCGAAGCUGAGGGCGGAGGGCCGGAGGGUAGUCGGAGUCGAUCUAUGUGGCGAUCCGACGGCAGGGGACGUGGAUAUGAUAUGCCGACACGUCAAGAGGGCGAAAGAUGCAGGACUGAGCGUCACUUUGCAUAUAGCGGAGACGACCAUGAACUCGGCGGACGAGACGCUGAAACUGCUCGCUUGCGGCCCAUCGCGCCUAGGACACGCCACUUUUCUGAACGAAGAAGCGAAAGAGAUAGUCAGACGCGAGAAGAUGUGCAUCGAGAUCUGCCUCUCCUCCAACCUUCUAUGCAAAACCGCCAGAUCCAUAGACGAGCACCACAUCCAGUACUACCUAGAGCACAAUCACCCCAUCGCCAUCUGCACCGACGAUAUCCUGCCUUUUCGGAACUCGCUCGAUGCGGAAUAUGCCAUGCUCCUCGCGAAGCCUCCGUUCGGCUUGGGCCUUUCCGAGGACCAAGUGAAGCGCGUCGCCGAUAUGGGGAUGGAGUGCCGGUUUCGACGAACCGCCUAAAAGUGGGACCAGGUGAGGAGCGAUGCGAGUCCACCGAGCAGGUCGAGCCCGUGAUCAAGAAUUUUCUGCAGAAUUACAUCCUCGACCGAUCGAUUCUCCCCAUUGAUUCCUCGAACGCUGUAUCUUCUCGAGAUAGGCCCCCUCCUCACCAAUCCCGAAAUACGGCACUCCUGGUCCGUCUCGGACACUGCCUGACGUAUAGCCGGCGCUCAUACGCGAUUCUUUGCGGGGCACACAUGGCGUUGGAUGUACACCUCAUACUGCAAUAUACUGCAACGGUCGUGAGUCGUGAUGGCUCAUGGUGGAAGCAGCUCUGUUCAUAAACGCGGCGCUCCAUCUUGUCCCGCAACCGAUGUUGCGCGUAUACCUGGCUCCGCAUGCUCUCGCCGACCAGGAUGCAUCGCGCGUUCCUCAUCGCAGAGAUAGCGCGGGACCACGCAGGUCAUGACGAAUAACGUCUGGCAUGGGCGUCAGUACUGAGAUCUGUUAAGCAUGGCGCUCACUUGCAAGACCCUUCCGGAAGCUGCGUUAGGGCCAAGAUUGUGGAUAUCGACGACGUUCUUCGCCUUGGUCAAUAUCCCUGAGCAGGGAUCCUCCAUCACCCUAAAUGAAGCCUUCCUCGCGUACU